GGCUUCAGCUGUACCACAUGCAAACAUCUGAGAGUCUCAGUACUUGAGCUCUGAUGUUAGUGGGGAAAAUCCAUGCUACUCUCUGCUGGUUGCCUGUUAAUGCUGAUUGAGUGUCUCUCAUUUCUGACAGGAGUCACUUUCAGAGAAUACAGAACUCUAUAAACUGCUCCCUCUGUGUUUCAGAGCUCCUCAACUGAAAGUAUUCAUGCAGCAGUGCUGUAGCAUUUAUCACUGUACAGAGUAACCACUGCUUCCUAAUACAAGUUUCCACCUAACUGGUCCUUCUGAGCCCCCAGCUGGCCAAGCAGCUUCCACUGGUGGUGUGGGAGGAUGGAUUGUAGGAGAAUAGAGAUAGAACUCAAGGCAAUCUCACCGCUGAGGAGUUGCAGCUGGACUAAUUACCAAAGAGUAGGAACAGGCCUGCCCUUAAUAGAGCACAGCUGUGUCCAAUAAGGAUGGUCCAAUAAGGAUGGGUGUUAUAAAAGGGUGGGUUAGCUAGUCAAGAGAGAGUUGGAAUCAGUUAGCUGUGCUGCUGUGAGGGUGAGGUGGUUGUGCUAGGGACAGUAGGGGUUAGUAUGUCUGCUAGGGACAGAUGGGGUCAGGCUGUCAUGCUAGGGACAGGAAGAACUCAGCUAGCUCUGCAGAAGAAAGGGAAAAGGAGUCAGUGUUGCGAGAAGCUACCUGUGAGAACUCACAGAGAGCAGGUACGAAAGUCUUGCAGUAAGGUAAUAAACUAAUGGUGACAGUCAGUUCCCAUCCGCCGUUGAUUGGUGCCAAGCACCGGCGCCAACAAUUGGUGGCCUGUACAGGAGGAGUUCCAACAUGGUGGCUCUUUAGGAUUCAGGAGCUUGUGGAACAAGUUAAAGGAAUAGCAGACACAAAUGGCUUUGCGUGAAAAGGUCUGUAUGAUUGUUUUCUUGAAAGAAAGCAUAAAGUAGCUGAAACCUAUUCAAGAAAGAAGAAUUUGGCUCAAAAAACACACAAGAUAAGCACUUUUAUAACUUUGGGUAAUAUCUUAAACUAAAGCUAUUUGAAAGGGGUUUUUUUCUGAGUGGCAUGAAGAAUGAAGAGUAAUAUGGUUUAGACGGAUUUCCCUUACACAAGUUAUAUGAAAGGUUGAAUAUUUCAUUCGUUUUAAAUCAAGUCAUCCUCCUGUCAUUAGAAAUCUCAGAGGUUCAGCAUUGUAGAAGGAUUUAAAGGUAGCACUUCAACAAUAAUCGGAUUAGAAGGACUUGCAUAGCUCCAUGGUCUAAAAAAGAGAUAAAAGAAACCAGAGUUCAAGCUUGCCGCAAAGCAAGGUAGUGAGUUGUGUGGUGCAGAAUCAACCCACGGUUCUGAGCCAGUGAUUUUGGCAAUCACCUGAAGCAGGGAUGCCUGCAGACUUCAAUGGGUACUGGAAAAUGGUCAGCAAUGACAAUUUUGAGGAGUAUCUGAAAGCACUGGAUGUAAAUGUUGCUGUAAGAAAAAUAGCAAACUUACUAAAGCCUGACAAAGAAAUCCUUCAGAACGGGGAUCAUAUGAUCAUUAAAACGCUAAGCACUUUUAGAAACUACAUCAUGGAAUUUGAUGUAGGGAAGGAGUUUGAGGAGGAUUUAUCUGGGGUGGAUGAUCGCAAGUGCAUGACUACUGUGUCUUGGGAUGGAGAUAAGCUGCUUUGUGUACAGAAUGGAGAGAAGGAAGGCCGUGGCUGGACCCAGUGGAUUGAAGGGGAUGAAAUGCACCUGGAAAUAAGAGUGUGUGGAGUCACAUGUAAGCAGGUCUUUAAGAAGGUGCAGUGA